AUGAACGAAGACUAUGAGUUUCGUCGCCGCUUCGGCUCAAAUGCGCCGAGAAUGAAUAGUUCCAAACAUGGAUAUGAUUGCUCAACUGAGCGAAGCUAUGUGAGAUCGCACUCAAAUGAGUCCAGAGCUAACAGUUAUCGCCAAGGAAAUGGCCGCUCGAUUGAGCAGGGCUACGCCGGAUCGCGCUCCGUCGCGUCGAUAACGAGCCAGUCAAACGACGGAAAUGGCUUCACCAACGAGCAGAGCCACUCCAGGUCACGCUCCAACGCGCCCAGAGUCAGUCACUCUUACAACGGACAUGGCCGCUCAAACGAACAGAGCCACGUCGAUGAGCGCUCAAACGAGCCCAUAAAGCGCGGCAACGGACAUCAGCCAAACGAGCAGAUGCCUCAUGGUACGCCUCAAGCGACGGUCUCUUCUGUCGAGACCACACUUCAAAACUUCAACAUGGAACAGCGUGUGGCCGACUACUUCGGUGAAAGACAUCGUGUGAAGGCGGAUUUCCUGCGAUCGUUGGAUACAAUGUCGAGCUAUCCGUUUAUCAGACUCAGGGUGGAAUUUCUCCAUCACCACCAAGUCCCCGAUGAUUGCCCCCCAAACAAUUCGUCGACUGGCCUCGGGACUCAGUCUCAUGCACGAGAUGGUUGUGGAAGCCAGACGGCAGGCCAGACUUUGAGCGCGAGCGAAACGGAGAGACGUGAGAGCCCGCUCAGAUUGGAAAGAUACGACGACGACGGGAGUCAGUGGUCUGAUUCGGGUUCCGAACGCAGAGCCGACACGAGGCCCAGGUCGCAGAGUCCCGGCACGCUGCCCGCUGCGCCGCCUCGACCUUCAGCACAGUCAUCGCGGCCCACGUACAAUUCACGCCCAACUGGAAAACACGGAAGGAGGUCCGACAGAUGGCGAUGGGAAAGUCGAGACAAGCCCCCUUACAAUCAGAAGGUGUACAUGACUCCGCAACGGCGGAAGAGCUUCGAGACGAAGGGCGACGAGGCAUUCCACUCCAGGUUCCAUCCGCGGAAUGUCUGUGGUCAAUGUGGCCACAGAGGACACUUAUUGUGCGACUGCGCAAUGCCCGACGACGACGGAUGGAUCAUGGGAUGUCCGUAUUGCAACACAAAACUUCACUUUUGGGACUCGUGCUCCCGCAAGUCUCGGCUGACGAAAGCCCAGAGACACGAGCUCGAGUACAAGCGUCGAUGGAGGAAGCCCCCUCUUCGGUCCAACAUCCCCUUGGUUCAGAGGUUGGUGGAGUACGGUGAGCAAAUGCUGCCUGUCAACGGAUGCAGACCCAUUGUCUGGAGUAAAGCGUUCACCCGAAAGCUUCUCGACCUUCCGCAGGCCAACUGGCCGUGGCGCCAACACAUCUACAAAGAUGGCGACUGGGUUCAUCUUCCGCCGGAUUACCGACUGGAUGCAAUGUCCACAGUAGAAAUACUGGAGGACGAGGAGCUUUGGCAAGAAGUCAGCCAGCCCAGCAAUGAGAGCAGACGAGUCACGUAUCGGCGAACAAAGGAAAUUGACGAAAAGCUCGCGCAGGCAACUCGGACGAGCAGAUAG